CGGAGAGUCUCAGUGAGCCCGCCCGCAGCCAGUCCUCCUUCCCCGGCGAGCUUUCACUUCAGAGAUGGCUGCGAAAGUGUGCAGAUCAGUCCUGCUCUUGUCCCGGAGCGGCGGAGCGGCGGCCGGCAGCCUCCCCGCACUCGUCGCCCCUUCGCAGCGGCACCAGCAGCACGUAAGACCGCAGCAGGUCCUCACGCCUCCGUUCACUCGCCAGACUGUCAGGAGAGCACAUGGUCUCCGGUCAACAGCUCACUCCACACUCUUCACUCAACCUCCCAAUGCCCUGUCUCCACAGGUUUGGAGGGGCUCUGCAUCAUGGCAUAGCCAGAGAAUGUUGUGUUCCCCCGCUGCUUCAAAUGAGGUGACAGUGGUGUAUCAGAACGGGCUGCCAGUCAUCUCGGUUAGUUUGCCGUCCAGGCGAGAACGCUGUCAGUUCACUCUCAAGCCUCUCAGCGACUGUGUGGGAGUUUUCUUGCAACAACUCCAAGCAGAGGACAGAGGCAUCGAUCGGGUAGCCAUUUACUCUACAGAUGGAGCCAGGGUUGCCUCCUCCACAGGUAUAGACAUCCUCCUAUUGGAUGAUUUCAAGCUGGUCAUCAACGACACCACGCAUCUCGUGCGGCCACCGAGGAGAGAGUUGCUGCCUCACGAGGAGACAGAACGGCUGAACGACGUGAAGUUCCUGGUGCAGCAGCUCUACACCACCCUGCGCAUCGAGGAGCACCAACUCACCAAAGAGCGUGAGCUGAUUGGACGACUGGAAGACCUCAACGCUCAGCUCCGCCCCCUUGAGAAGGUGAGGCAGGAGCUGAGUAGGAAGGCGGAGCGGCGCACCACCUGGGUGCUAUGGGGGGGCAUGGCGUACAUGGCCACCCAGUUCGGCAUCCUGGCCAGACUGACCUGGUGGGAGUACUCUUGGGAUAUCAUGGAACCCGUCACCUACUUCAUCACAUACGGCACAGCCAUGGCCAUGUAUGCCUAUUUUGUGCUAACACGCCAGGAGUACUUGUAUCCCGACGCCAGAGACCGCCAGUAUCUGCUCUUCCUCCACAAGGGGGUGAAAAGGACACACUUUGACAUUGAGAAGUACAACAAGCUGAAAGAUGACAUCUCUGAGGUGGAAUUGGAUCUGAAGCGUCUUAGGGACCCGCUUCAGCUUCAGCUCCCAGUUCAACAGCUCAAUAGUGGAAAAGAUUGAUGGAAGGAGUAACUUCCCUCUCCUCCCAGCAUCCUCUUUUUCUACCCUUCUCCAACCCCACCCGUCUCCCCUUUCCCUUGCCUUACACCCAAACUACACAUCUGUCCCGCAUCGCCCUCUUCGGAGUGGGACUUUUGCCCUCUUUUCUUUUCCCUGACUGAACCAACUGUUGGGAAAUUGCAAUCGAAAAUCAUAAGAGCUGAAAAAAAAAUGACGAAUAGCAACGCUACUCUCUGAUUGGACAACCUGCAGUGAACCUGAGGGGCAAACAGGAAGUACUACCUUGACACUCCAGGAGAGAGCAUAUGCAAAGGGGACGCCAUUGCUAUGUGUGUGUGUGUGACCUGCAGGCGACACCCAACCUUUGUGAGUGUGAGUUAACACACACACAUACACACACACACACACACACACACACACACACACACACACACACACACACACACACACACACACACACACACGUGUUGGGAGCAUCUAUCCCAAAUAUUAAAGUUUACAAACAAGUCUUGGCUCCCCCCCCCCUGGCUUUGGCUCAAAGAGGGCGUCAUCUUCCUGUGGCUGAAUGCUGCUGCCUCUCCACACUUUGGCCACGCCUCCUCUCCAGGCUGACGGACAGCCGUCCUUCCCCACGUGACCUUUUUUUGACAGGAGUCCGCCUCGCAGCCACAUCUCCUCCUGCGGCAAGUAUGAGAGAUAUUCUAUCGACAACAACAUCACUGUGUGUUCUUUUAUUCCAAAAAAGAAAAAUUGAAAAAAAUAUUUUGGCACUUUUUAUUUUGAAAGCCAUAGUAUAUUUGUUAUGAAGUAAAUAUAAAGCUAUAUGUAUACAAUCAAAUAAACCGACGACCAGAAGCUAGUUGUUUUCCAGUGGGGGGAGGAACAUCAUGUGAAGGAUCCAUCACCUUGUCAUGUACUGUACAUACAUUCAAUACAUCAUAUUGAGUUCCACAAUAACACAUUUCUAUUUGCCUGCAUACAAAUUAAGGGACAUUUUUGUUCGGAUUUUCUCUCAAAAAGGACUUUUCUCCCCCUGCUGUCGUUGUGCCGCAAGGCAGGCUAGACUGCAUGCUGUGGUUGUACGCCCUCGGUAGAAAUUGUGAGUGUUAGGAGCGUUUCGAGACAUUUUCUACUCAAUUGGACACUUCUUUGACUCGUAUAGCUUGUAGUGUGAAGCAGUCACAUCCCCUGAUUGGUGAAAGGAGCCAAAUGGUUAUUAUGUCUAUUUAGGACACAUUUUUCAUGUUUUUUUGGGGGUUUUUUUCUGUAAGUGAGGGUUGAUGGACCUCUCUCUGACUCUUUGGUCAAUGCCUCUGCAAAAUAUGAAGGAGUAUUAGGGCUGCACUGAAAAACAGAACAAAGUCAUAUUUCAACAACAACCAAGUAGUAACUUUGCUGGGAAAAAGUGUUCAUAGAAAGAGGAAAGUCUUUUUUCCACAUUUUAUUUACAUAAAAGUUGUUUAGGAAAAAAAGUAAUAGUAAAAUAGUCAUGCUGUAAGGACAAUAAAAAUAAUUUUGCAAGGGAAAAAAAUCUAGGAAAAGUAGUAAUUUUGUGUUAAUAAAUUGUUAUAAGGGGGAAAGCAUUUUUUCCACAUUUUAUUAAUCAAUACAUUUACAUUUUAUGAACAUAAGUUUUGAAGAAAAGGUGGCUUGAGGAAAAGACAAAGUUGUAAUAUUUCCAGAAUAGUCAUACUUUGAAGGACAACAAAAGUCAUUCUGUAGGAAAACAAAUAUGAGGAAAUAGUAAUACGUUUGCAUUAAUAAAUUGUUACAUUGUAAGGAAGGAAGUAUUUUUCCCCCAUAUUUUAUGAACAUAAUAUUUCAAAUUUUACAAAAAAAAAAAUAGUUUGAAGGGGGGGGGAUUAUAUUUCAAGAAUACUGUAAGAACAAUUAAAGUCAUUUUGCAAAUAGUAUGAGAAAAGGGUCGUAAUUUUGCAUUAAUAAAUUAUGUUCUGAGGAUAAAAGUUGUUUUCCCCCCACAUUUAAUGAAAAUAACACAACAAAGGAAAAAAAGUUGUUUGAGGCAAAAAAAAAAGGUCAUAAUAUUUCCAGAAAGUAAUUUUGCCGGAAUAAAAUAUGAGGAAAAAGUUGUAAUUUUGUAUACAUGUGUACUUCAUGAGGGAAAAAAAACGUAUAGGGAUACAAUUUUAUGGAAAAAGUGGUUUGAGGGGAAAAAAAAAAGUUGUAAUACUUAAAAAUAAAUUAAUCUUGUAGGGAAACAAAAGUAAUUUUGCAGGAAAUAAAACAUAUUAGGUACAUGUAAUAAGAUUGCAUUAAUAAAUUGUUAAAAAACAAAAAAAAGAAGUCGUAAUAUUUUGAGAAUAAAGUCAGAAAAGUACUGUAAUCUUGCUGUGAAAGAUAAUGUAAAAAAUAUUUAGAAAUAGUAAUUAUUUUAUGAAAAUAGAACAAUUUAAAAUUUGGUCCUGAUAUGAAAAAAAAAUGUUUUCUAGGACAAAUAUUCAGAAACGAAAGUUGUAAUUUGUGAGAAUGAAGGUAAGUUGCUAAAUUUGUAUUAUUAAGGAUCAUACGACCCAAAUUAACCAUAAAACAAUAUUUUCAUUAUUACAUGUCAGGUCUGUGGUGCGGAAAUUUCGGCAUUCCUUUAAAUAACAUUUUGUGGCAGGAUUAUACAUUUAUCCUCAAAAAAAUAUUUUUUCCCCACAAUAUUACAUUCUUGUCACAAUUGUACUUAUUUCCUUUUUCUGUUACUUGUUUUUUCUUCUCAGUGUGUCCCUAAUGCCCCUUUCCACAAAAAGGUCUAAACACACUAUUCUGUGUGCGCGUGUGAGUGCAUCACUUCCUGUGUGUGCGUUGGCUCCAUCCUACUAUUCGAUCUUUGCCUUUAACAAGACUUCCUAUUAGAGUGCAUGUAUUUCGGGAUCUAAUCAAGGUUAACCGUGCGGAUCUUGCAGCAGGAAUCGGUCUCAUGCGUUCAGAGUGUGUGCGUGUGUUGUCUUUUGGGAUGCUGGGGAAGAAGGAUUUGAACUGUUGACAAGGAAGCAGUCAAAAGGUCAUUAUAGCCAUGAGACCCUCAUUAAGGACUGUUAUAUUUGGAGUCUAUCUUUUUGCUACUUGUCAAUAGUGAUUAACAUGUCUUCUACUAUCAUCCCAAUGACAACCAACUUUUGUUGCUGACGUACAACAGAAACGUAUCUUACACACACUCCCUGUGAAUCACGCCGUCAAUCAUUUAUAUCCCUUUGCCCUCCCUUCAUGUGUUUUAAACAUCUAAAUACAUCAAAUAUAGACCUUUAUUAUAACGAGGGUGUUGCAUGAAUGUAUGUUAACAUGGGAAAUAAUGUAAAAAACAAACAAACAAGAUUUAUAGAAAUUAAAAGACAAAAAGAGGCGAUUUAAGGAUGUUUGUUGUUACUGGGCAGUAGACAGGGCUGCGUGUUUUAAAUAAAGACUCGAGCCAAACUUGAUGCUCAUUAACCAUCCAGCUCGUCAUCACCUCAACUUCUGUUCAUUUUCUUCUCACUCUCACUCCGCUUCCAUGCAUUUCUGCUCCCGUGAUUCCAAUCCAUCCUCAGUGCAGCAGUAAAGAGGCUCUUAAAGAGUCUCUGCUGACCUUACGCACUAACGUCCUGCUUCUGACCCAAAAGGAAAAAAGUCAGGUGCCCCGCGUUAGCUUUCUUGUUUUGAAUGCGUGUUUUUUGAAAACCUGGUGUGCACUUAUAAUGAAAUAUGUUUAAAAGAGUGAAGCAUAUGUACGCCAUACUUUUUUUUUUUUCUUCUUUUUUUUUUUUUUAAGUUUCUGUUGACAUGAUGCUGUAAUAUUGGCAACAACAAAAAAGAAUGUGUAAAAUCCUGUAUCAUUUAUGAAAUAUGUAUAAAAGAGAAAUGUAAUUCAAUUAUCAAUAAAAUCCUUAUCCAGGUUUUGGA